AUGGAGUUCGUGGUCCUCCUGUUGACAGUGCUCCUGGCGGGGCCGUCCACCUCCUGCGGGGGCGGGAACUGCCGUAGGUACUCGGUAGCGGGAAGCAAGCAGCGCAGCCGGGGAGGGCGGUCACCCACCAGCUUCUUCAACAUCGGCGACGCUUUUAAUGGCUUCGGCGGUGGAGACAGCGGCUACGGCGACGUGGGUAACGGAGGUUAUAACGGCGGUGGCUUAAAAGGCGGAGAUGACUACAAUGGAGGUGGCUUCAAAGGCGGAGAUGGCUACAGUGGCGGUGGCUUCAAAGGCGGAGAUGGCUACAAUGGCGGUGGCAUCAAAGGCGGAGAUGGCUACAAUGGCGGUGGCUUCAAAGGCGGAGAUGGUUACAAUGGAGGUGGUUUCAACGGCGGAAACGGCUACAACGGCGGUGAUGAUGGCUACAGUGGAAGCGGUAGUAGCUACAACGGGGGUGGUAGUGGCUACAACGGAGGCGGUAGUGGCUACAGUGGAAGUGGUAGUAGCUACAACGGAGGCGGUAAUAGCUACAACGGAGGCGGUAGUGGCUACAACGGGGGUGGUAAUAGCUACAACGGAGGCGGUAACGGUUACAACGGAGGCGGUAGUGGCUACAACGGGGAUGGUAACAGUUACAACGGCGGUGGUAACAGCUACAACGGAGGCGAUGAUGACUACAACGGAGGCGGUAGUAGCUACAGCAGGGUCGGAGGUAGUUUCAAUGGCGGCAAUGGGGGCUACAGCGGCGGUGGCAACGGUUACAGCGGCGGCGGUGGCAACGGUUACAGCGGCGGUGGUAACGGUUACAGCGGCGGCGGUGGCAACGGUUACAGCGGCGGCGGUGGCAACGGUUACAGCGGCGGCGGUGGCAACGGUUACAGCGGCGGCGGUGGCAACGGUUACAGCGGCGGCGGUGGUGGUUAUAAAAAUAGUGGUUCGGGAAUUUCCAUUGGGAGCAGAGGUUACAGUGGCGGCGUUAGGUACAGCGAUGGUGGUCCAGCAUUCUUCGCAGGAGCGGUGACAACGGUGAUGGUUAUAGCGGAGGCAGUAGCAGUAAAGGUAGUGACUACAGCGGAGGUAGUGGGAGCUACAGCGACGGUGGGAGUUACAGCAAUAAAGGUACAAAAGGAGGAAGCUACAAGGAGCCUGGCUACUCAGGUAGCAACAUCAGCCCUCCGUCAAAUGGCUACCUCCCUCCAGUUGAUAGCUAGAGUGACAUGUCUCCUGCCUCUUCUGGUGGGCCUGGUCUUGGCCAGCUGCUUUGCUGUGAUGGGUCAGAGUUACGACGACGGAGACUACGAUAACACAGGAGGAACCUUGGAUGAUUCCGGAUACGAUGGGAAUUUAGGUGAAUCCUACGUGGGUCCUGGAGGAUCUUAUGUGAGUCCGGGUGGAUCCUAUGUGGGUCCGGGAGGAUCUUAUGUGAAUCCAGAUGGUUCUUAUGUGAAUCCGGGUGGAUCUUAUACAUCCCACAACCCACCUGAGGGCGGCAGACAUCCCAACCCAACUGAGGGCGGCAGACAUCCCAACCCACCUGAGGACGGCAGACAUCCCAACCCACCUGAGGACGGCAGACAUCCCAACCCACCUGAGGGCGGCAGACAUCCCAACCCACCUGAGGACGGCAGACAUCCCAACCCAACUGAGGACGGCAGACAUCCCAACCCAACUGAGGGCGGCAGACAUCCCAACCCAACUGAGGACGACAGACAUCCCAACCCACCUGAGGACGGCAGACAUCCCAACCCAACUGCGGACGACAAAAGACUCAGCACACAAAGCUCAGCUACUCUACUAGUAGUUCAUUAA